AUUGAAAUGGAGGGAUGUUUCUUUAGAUUAUUUUUUUUUUUAAAAAAAAAAACUUUAAAACGUAAACCCUCCCGCCACCUCAUUAUUACCAUAUAUAUGUAACAGUACACCCAUGGGAAUCGUCAUUUAAAAUAAACACCGAAAAGGCAAAAAAAACCCAUUCACCGCCGCCUCAAAACCCCAAAACAAUAGGCCUCUCCAGCCUCUUCAAUCGUCAGCACAGUCAAUGUCAAUUCAACCACGACCCCUCCCGCCACCACGGAAUCCCCGGCCUACUAUGCUCAACAAGCAGCUAUCGUGGUCUCCAGACAUGACCCGCGAGGAAGUAUGGCUCAGAAGGAAAGGAAAUUCUGCAACCCGACGCCGGUGCAGCAAGAGUGUGACUGACGAUGAUUUAGAGGAGUUAAAAGCAUGUAUUGAAUUAGGAUUCGGGUUCGGACCCGACUCGUCUGAUUUGGAUCCGAAGUUGUCGGAUACCUUGCCCGCUUUAGGUUUUUACUGUGCUCUUAAUAAACAGUAUAGUAGUUGUUUGUCUAGAUCAGCUUCGACGUCGUCGCUUUUGUCUGUUUCAGGUGAUGAUCCGGAGAUGGUGAAGAAGAGGUUGCGACAAUGGGCCCAGAUUGUCGCAUGCUCGGUCAAGCAAUUUUCAGGGGAACCAAAUUGAUGUAUUUUACCUGCAAGUCGCUGGCAGAAUGGUAAAAAAAAAUUAAUUUUUUUAACCAGAGUAUUUUCCUUUUUAAUUUCUCUACGUGGGUCUUAAUUAACCUGCUGCUCUUGGAUGAAGAAUGUAGAGCACAACGAGGUUGGAACUGGUAACAGUUACAUGUCAUUUCUGAAUUCUUGGAGGAAUCACUGCUAUAAUGCCUUUUCAGGGAAUGCUUCUUGAUAAUUUUUUUCACAAGCUUCUUCUCUUUUUUCCGUAACUUUAUGGCAAGCUUUGUACUUUGAUAAUCUUACUGAAUCAUCAAAAGAUGUCAUAGAAACUUAACGCGCGCGAAUUCACGAAAGAAGAGAUGGCCUGGUAGAGACCAUUUAUGGCAUCCAUGCCUUUCACUUUGUCGAUACUAAGUUCUUUGCAGCGUAAAGGUUUCAAGGAACCUUAAUCUUAACGUUGAUACAAUCUCCUCGAUCAUCCUAAUGAUCAUAUCAAUCGAGAAUAAAGAACAUGUCGACGAGCCCGUACGUGUAGUUGGGAUUCAGAUGAUUCGAAUGAUCACUUGCACUGUGAAAAUCCAAAAUGUGAAUUAGUAUGAUUGAGCGACCAUGGCAUUAUUAA